CGAGAAGAGGAGGACCUACAUGCCUGAGCUGCGUUGCGUAGUUGCCGUGGGAGGUUAGCUGAGCUCUUCCACACAGCAAAGCUGUGAGGAGGAAGAGCAUCUUGCCCAAGUCAGGUAGAGAGCCCUUCUACUUUGUCAGUGGCAGGAGUAAAAAGUGUUCACAGCACUGAGCUCAGUCAAAAGACAUGGGAACUGUAGUGUCACGGUGGAAGGCUAAGCCUUCCACAGUGGAGAUUUUGGAAGGUAUAGAAAAGGACAUAAAGCACCUUGAAGAAUUCAGAGAAAAAAAUCAGAGACUGUUGAAGUUGUGGGUGGGAAGACUGCUACUGUACUCCUCCCUGCUUUACCUGAUUACCUGUGUAACUGUGUAUCUCUGGUGUCUUCCUGAAGAGUGGACAGGGCGGCUCAUAUGGGCUCUGCCCUUUUUCACCUUUCCCAUACUGGUGUGGUUCAUGAGGAAGUUGCUGAUUUUUCUUUUCUCGAAACGAACAGAGAGAAACAAUGAAAAAUUAGAAGAUCUGAAAUCCCAAAAAAGAAAAAUACUUGAAGAGGUGAUGGAAACCGAAACCUACAAAAAUGCUAAACUGAUCCUGGAAAGAUUUGAUCCAGAGUCAAGGAAAAAAGACCAUGAAUCCACACCAGCUGGACCCCAGAUGACUCCCAGACCAGGCCAAGAAGUUCGUCAGCGGAACAUCCCCAGGACUCCAGCUAUGGGGACCCCCUCCGGCCCGCCCCACCCCCCGGCAACACCAGGCUCCACCCCCUCUGGCCCGCCCCUCCACUCGGCCCCCGGCGGUCCACCCGAGAAGCACCUGUCCGCCAUGGCCGCCCAGCAGAGCCUGAUGCGGAGGCCCAUGAGUCCAGGAACACCCAUCCCAGGAGUGGGCCUGCACCCCCCGGGACCCCCCCUGGCCAGGCCCAUACUGCCCCGGGAGAGAGGGGCCAUGGACAGAGUCAUCGAGUACCUCGUCGGAGACGGCCCUCAGAACAGAUAUGCCCUUAUAUGCCAGCAGUGCUGCUCCCAUAAUGGCAUGGCAUUAAAGGAGGAAUUUGAAUACGUCGCCUUCAGAUGUGCGUACUGCUACUUCCUGAACCCCGCGAGGAAGACCCGCCCCCAGGCGCCACGCCUCCCAGAGUUCAGUUUUGAGAGGAGGGAGCGCUCCGAUUCAGCAACGCCGGGCCCCUCAGCUACUCCUGCAGGCAGCGACACGGACGAUGCCCCAGCUGAUCAAAGCGAAGGGGGUGGUCCAGGCCGUCAGAAAAGGGUGUCCUCGGUAUCUUUAGCUACAGCUCCUUGGAGUAAAGUUCACAGUUUCGACAAUGUCCAUCACCAGCAAAAAGAUGAAGACCAACAGGAAGGAACACCCUCCGCUGAGACUGAACCCCAAUCAGGGGAACAGCAGCCGGCAGAAGAAGAGGGAGAAGCCCCUGAGGAAGAACGACCAGGAACCCCUGAAUCUGAGAAGGCGCCCGCGGAGCAGUCCGAGGAGACCCCCUCCGAGAAACCCCAGACGACGCCCCCUGAGAAGUCUGACGAGGAACAAGAGGUCCCACAAACGCAAAUAGAGUGAUGGUCACAAAAUUUGAACACAAAACAGGAAAUCGGUGAAGAUAUUUUCUGUUUUUUUUUUUUUUUUUUUUCUGUUUCUUUGAUUUGCUUACAUUCAAGCAAGUGUUUCUCCAGGUGGCACUAGUUUACCCAUGACACUCUAUGUGAAUAAGCAAAGUAUAGGCUUUAGGAGAGCCAAUGGGUAGGUAAAGCUAUAGUUGAGGUAAAGGGAUUUUUUUUUCCUUUUUAGUGGGGUAAUGAUAAAAGCGGUUGUCUUCAUUUGCCCUCUGCUGGGGCUUUAGAAGUGUUUAGCACUCUUCAAAAUAGAGCAGAUAUGCCCAGAGCAAGUUAGAUCUGUUACCGAGUUAAUGCACGUGGUGUGAUCAAGAGAAUAGUUUUUCUAUUAAUUUUUCGAAGAGCAGAAUAAUUAACUUGCCAAAAAAAGCACUGUUUUGUUUGACUUUAUUUCACAUUUUUUUACAUAUGUGCUUUGUUGCAUAUAACAGUAUAAAUUAAGGCUAAUACCUGUCACACAUUUUAAAACUUAUUUAUAAUUUGUAUUGGUAUUUAAAUCUGUUAUACUGUGCCUUUUAUGGAAGUGUUGUAAGGUCUUCGGGUACUCUUGGCACUGUCAGGCCACCUCCAUGUUUACAUAUUAAGUGUACAUUGAUAAGAAGCCAAGAGGAAGCUUUUAUUUAUUGUUAAAAGGGUGUCUCAAACUACCUGCCUGCGUAGGUGUGUUCAGCUGGUCCUAGUUUAGCUGAAAUAAAAUUGUUUUCACUUUAAGGCUGCAGGCUGUCAUAUGAAUGACAGAUGUUUGUGAAUGGCGGUUUUUCUCAUUAUGUGCAUGGUGCACCCAUUAAAAAUUUUAAAACUGG